AUGACAAUGGAUGCUCUGCAACUAGCAAACACUGCCUUUGCAGUUGAUAUGUUCAAAAAGCUAUGUGAGAUGGACAAAACAGCCAAUAUUAUUUUUUCCCCACUGUGUACCUCAACGUCUCUGGCUCUGGCAUAUAAAGCUACGAAAGGUGAUACUGCAGACCAGAUGAAACAGGUUCUCCAUUUACAAGAUGUCAAAGAUGUUUCUUUUGGAUUUCAAACAAUAACUUCAGAUGUUUCCAAACUCAGCUCUUUCUUUGCACUAAAAAUGGUCAAACGGCUCUUUGUAGAUAAGUCUCUCAAUCCUACCACAGACUUUGUCAACUCCACAAAGAGACCUUUUCCAUCUGAACUGGAAUUAGUGGAAUUCAAAGAAAAAACUGAGGAAACCCGAGUAAAGAUCAACAAAUCCCUUUCAGAGCUGACUGAUGGAAAAAUGGAAAAUGUUUUGAAUGAGGAUAGUGUAAGUGACCAGACUCAGAUCCUUCUAGUUAAUGCAGCUUAUUUUGUCACAAAUUGGAUGAAGAAGUUCCCAGAGGCAGAGAUCAAAGAAUGUCCUUUUAAAGUCAACAAGACUGAAACUAAACCAGUGCAGAUGAUGAAUCUGGAAGCUACUUUUUGCCUGGGCUAUGUAAAAGAUUUAAAUGUUGCCAUCCUUGAGCUCCCAUGCCUUAACAAACAUAUAAGCAUGCUCAUUCUCCUGCCCAAAGAGAUUGAAGAUGAGACCACUGGCUUGGAGAAGCUGGAAAAUGCACUGACCCCUGAGACAUUAUUACAGUGGACAAAUCCCAGCAUGAUGGCCAACACCAAAGUGAAUGUAUUUCUUCCAAAGUUUAGUGUGGAAGGUGACUAUGACCUGAAGCCACUUCUGGAAAGCCUGGGAAUGACAAAUAUCUUCAAUGAAAGUGCAUCAGAUUUCUCUGAGAUGUGUGAGACAAAAGGUGUGGUUAUGUCAAAGAUCAUCCAUAAAGUCUCCUUGGAAGUAAAUGAACAAGGUGGCGAUUCCCGAGAGGUACCAGGAUAUCGGAUUCUGCAACACAAAGAUGAAUUUAAAGCUGACCAUCCAUUUAUCUUUUUGUUUAGACACAACAAAACUCGCAAUGUAAUUCUUUCAGGCCGAUUCUGUUCUCCUUAA